UUCUUCAAAUCUGUUAUUCUGCUGUGUGUUGGGUCUGUGUUGCAGCCGAGCAAAAUUUAGUUGCAGCUAACAUUUUCAGCUGCCAACCAAGCCCCGCUUCUUCCUUUCACUCCGCGGCGGUAACACGUUUUUAUUUAUUUAUUUUUUACAUGCUUCGAUUGUAUUAUUUCUAGCCAGCGUCAACGCGCUCUUUUCUCUCCCCCCUCCUCCUUUCUUAUUUUUCUUUCACUUCCAAUCAACACUGGUUGUGCAUCAGCCCAAUAACGCGUCUUUGUGGAAAAUAACCAUCAAAUAAACAUUUUAACCGACGUUCAUUUAGGAGGAGACAUUUGAGUCUGACUCCGAUUGGACUGUGAACAGUCUACGGCAAGACAACAAGCAAGGACAUGCAGAAGAGAGGUCAGUGAGGAGGAUGACAACAGAAGAAUAGACAGCGGCGAAGGAGGGAUGAGAAAGAGACUGAAAUAAGAGGAGGAAGUGGAACUCCAAAGUGCCUACUGCGAGGGGUCGUCUGCUGCUGUCUGACACUGCUGGAUGAGAGCAGGACGGGGCUCAGUGUGUGCUUGGCCUUGUAUGGAGGCUAUAUUUUAUCCUGACAGCUACAGAGUCAUCCAUCCUACGUUGCUGAGCUGCAGUCCCAACAUACCCUGAGCUGAAUCGCCACCUCAUCAGCGCAAGGACACCAUCCCUAUAAGGUUCUGCUUUUUGUUCUUCUAUAGAAAUUUUCUUUUUCAGGCUGCUUUAACAUAACUAGCACGACAGCGACUGCCUCAGCCUUGGCCAUGUUGACGUGAAUGUAACAGUUACUCACGGUGGGCGUCAGUCGAUUCAGGUGAAGGCACAGGCGCUCGGUGACAUAUUUAAGCAUGCCAGAGUGAUGUCCUCAGAGUAGUUUCUGUUUUUUCUUUUUCUUUUUUUUUCUUCAAGACAGAGCUGGUCUCUGCUCACGGUCGACCCCCUCUAUCUCACCCUAGUGAAACUUCAGCUGCCACUUUUCCCAGGAAGAACUAAUAAACAUCCCCUAAAAUACACCAACCAAAAGGACUCGCUGACUAUUUGAGCUGAGGAAGAAAUAUUUUUUCUUCUGUUUCCUCUGUGUUUUUUCUGGGGGCUUUUUCUUGCAUCACUAUUAGUCACCCUUGAUCUUGACAGUUUUCCGUCCAUCUGUCUCGACCAUUGCUCAGUGCUUGUGAGCAACUCCGAUGGCUGUCAGCAUGACCAUGGGACGGGACACCAAAUGGCUGACCCUGGAAGUGUGUCGCGAGUUUCAGAGAGGCACCUGCUCACGGUCUGAUGCCGAGUGCAAGUUUGCCCACCCCUCCCGGAGCUGCCAUGUGGAGAAUGGCCGAGUCAUUGCCUGCUUUGACUCUCUCAAGGGGCGCUGCACACGUGAGAACUGCAAAUACCUGCACCCACCUCCGCACCUGAAAACCCAGCUGGAGAUUAACGGGAGGAACAACCUGAUCCAGCAGAAGGCUGCGGCAGCCAUGUUGGCUCAACAGAUGCAGUUUAUGCUGCCUGGAGCACAGUUGCAGCCCAUAACAACAUUCCCAAUGACGCCCUCCCUGGCAACGAGUCCCAGUAUGGCAUUCAGUCCAUAUCUGAGCCACAUGGGUCCAGGCAUGGGCUUGAUGCCUGAGCUGCUGCCCAGUACUCCCCUGCUGGUCCCUGGGAGUCCCACAGGCCUGACAGCCAUGGGCAACGGCACCUCCGCACAAAAACAUGUGCGCACAGACAAGCUCGAGGUUUGUCGAGAAUUCCAACGCGGUAACUGCACGAGGGGUGAGAGCGACUGCCGCUACGCUCACCCCCUGGAGGCUGGCAUGGUGGACUGCAGUGAGAACUCAGUCAUUGUCUGCAUGGACUACAUUAAAGGCCGCUGCAGCCGAGACAAGUGCAAGUACUUCCAUCCCCCGGCUCACCUGCAGGCCAGGAUCAAGGCCGCACAGCACCAAGCCAGUCAAAACACAGCGUCCGCAGCCUUGGCUCUGCCUCCAGGUGCCAUGCAGCAGUUACCAAAGAGGCAGAUCUUAGAGAAGAGCAACGGAGCUGCUGCCACUGUCUUCAACCCCAGCAUGUUCCACUACCAGCAAGCCCUGGCUAACAUGCAGCUCCAGCAACCAGCCUUCAUCCCUACUGUAGACCCCUCUGAGCUUCUGACUCCUGAUCCAGUGGAGCUUCAGUGCGUUCCCAUGGAAACCCAUUUCUGUCCAGUCCCCAAACUGCUGGUGGCGGCUCCAGUGGCGCUAAACUCAGUAAGCCUUUCCCGAAACCCCAGUUAAAGUCCCUGAAGCCUGCGCACUACAAGGGCGGUCAACUUUCUGAAUGCAGCAAACAUGUGCCUCACCUACAGUGCACACUGACUGAGUGGCAAUGUGAAACUUCUUAAUAAGAUAGAAUGAAAGUAGGAAAGCUGCGAUGGUUCACGCAAUACAAGCCUGGACGUAUUACUGUUGCUUUAAAGCAGCCAUCCUGAUGCAUACUGACUUGAUCAGGCUGAGCAAUAGAGCUCCCUCAUUCUUACAGCCAUACAUGCCAACACCUUAAAAGUGCACACACACACACACACAACCACACACACGCAUACACACACAUUUAAGACUACAUGCCCUUUAUGGGUUGGAGCCAUCACAUGAGGCGAUCCAACACAUUUGACUGUUCCAAAGUCAGAAACUCUGAAAAGCAAAUUCUGGAAAUUCAGACCCGCUGCUGGUCUACAAGCAGUACAUGUUGUCAAAAUGAAAGAGUGUUUCAUAUCUUGUCAUGUUUACGUUUCAAGAUGGCUAAAAAUGUAACAUUUGUGUUGUUCUACGUCUACCAUUCAGUUUGUUCUCAUGGUCUCAUCUUGCCUGAUGAAACGUCAAUGAGUUGUUGUUAAUUUGUUUGUGCCUUUGAUUUAUCUGCUCAGCUGCAGAGGAGACUACGUUUCCCAAAAGAAUUCAAAACACUUAAUAGCAUACGUUGAAAGAUUUUCUUGUUUGCGAUCAAAGGCAAUAUCUGUUGUUACAAAAAUACUGUGUAUUAGCCUAUUAUUGUAAAAAAAAAAAAAAUCUAGUAAUUACAGUGAUUGCAACUUUAAAUUUAUAUUGUUUCGUAAAUGUUCAGUAUGAUUGAAUCAGUUUUUGUCCCCGGUUUCAUAGUCAGUUUCUGAUACUGACUGGAUAAUUUUCAUGUAAUGCAACAACCUUAAAAGAUACAAAUCUACAGAGUGACAUACAAUUAGGAUACAGUCACUUCUACACUAAAGGGGCUGAGCUGAUAGAUUUUUAAGAAUGUGGCUCUCAAUUUCUUGAUUUAAGAAACAAACUGCCUUAAAGCAGGUGAGGUCAUUGUUCUCUAUGUGAAGGCCUGUCUCUGUAAAACUCUACCAGUCAUAAACCAGACAGCUGAAAUUAUUAAAACUGUUGAAUCUGAGUGAUGAGGUAUCUUUAGCCAUGAUGUCUGAUCAGUGAUUGUUUCGUGGUUGUGAAGGGUGAUUGUCUAAUGAUUGAAAAGGAAGAUUUUUGUUUGUCCUGUUUCCUCCAUGAUUUGAUAUCCAAACAUGGUGUAAAAGAAUGACAAUCUACAGGCGGACUCAUGUUGAUUUCUUAUUACAACCCUGCCACAAAACAAUAUGUCUGAGGGUCAGAUCUAAGAUUACAGACUUUUAUAAUUGGCAUCUCUCAAACUUUUACACCUGAUGUCAGAGUUACUGCACAAGCUGGAAGCAGGAUUUGUUUUCUGAUGUUGUGCCUAAAGUCUGUGUGCCAAGUGGUGGUAUAUGCAAGGAGAUGCCCCAUUUAAUGCAAUACAUGAAUAAUUCCUCCAAAUAAGUAUCUCCCUCUCAAACGCAGAGAUGUAUUUUAGAAAGGCAGUUUCUUUCUGUAAUUGUCUCCUUUAAUAAUCCAAAAGCCGAUUGAAUAAGUGGCACAAGAUUUUUAUGUUUUAUGGCUCUUCAGGGAGAAAGCUUAGAACUUGAAAAUGUCCUGUCUGACUUUAUAAUGUGUCGUUUUUUCUACUGAUGUGCCCUUUUUGUCAAAAGCCAGAGUCUGAAUAUGGCAGCCACAGUUGUUAUAACCAGAACUGAGUUAUGGUAAAGCCAGGAGAUGGGGGAAUAAAUCACUCGUUUGAUGUCUGAUGGAAAAAAAAAAAAUUAUAAACCAGUUGGAUGUCCAAAUGUCUGUAAGGAACCUCUCUGUAGGCGUAUAAAAUUGAACAUAACAGCUUUGGAAACUGGACUGAAAUCACUUUUAUCCAAAUUCAAAUGUGCCUCUUUCAAGUCUCCUCAAACCACCACUGUCAAUACACUGUAAGAACAGACCAGUGCUCAAAGAUAGAUGUGUUAUUUGGUACAUUAUUAUAAUAGUAAAUCACAUCUGUAGUUUCUUCUCUGAGACAGCUGUGCUGUCUGAUCGUUUAUGUAAAGAAAUAAAUCAGUGAGUUGUGUGCAUACAUAAGUGUGUUGAAAGAGAAAAUGAAUCACACAUUUGGUUAGUUGUAAAUGCUGCAGAUAUUAUGGCAUCUCCCACUGAGCAUUAUUCAUUUUAAAUAAUGUUAUUGUGUCGUGAAUGUAUCUAAUGCAAAAACUCAACACAUGCCCCUCUAAAAGACUGGCAUGUUGAAAUGUAAUGAUUCACUAUAUAUAGACUAUUUCUGAGGUCACAUAGGUACCAUGCUGAUGCUGUGUUAAGACAUAUUAAAGUAUGUGUAUUGUUAUAUAGAUUUAUAUUUAAUGUCAAUGGGUGGUGUGACUACUUUUAGAAAUGUCUUUCACUCUCAGAAAGGGUAGAGCAGAAUUGUGCUUCUUGAAGUACAAAUGUACACCAUACAAGUACAUUACAGUACCAUCUCUUGUUAGUCAGUUUUUGUCCCCCUUCUUUUAAAAGUACCCAAAGUGCUCAAAAUGCAAACAAUGGUAAAUAUAAACAUUCGGAAAUAUUGAGAAAAUCUGCAUGUUUUGCUUUUUUUUUUGGCAUUCUUUCCUUUUUCACAUGACGUGGAUCGGCCAGUUCUCUCCUGUACUGCAGUCCUUGUUUCUGUUAAAGAAAAACUUUGGUAUCUUUCCGCCUGAACCCUAUUUUCCCAUGUUUUUGUGUCUAAGUGACUAACGGAGACAACACUUUUUGAAAUUGGUCUAGUAUGGAGUGAGGGGACUGCAGCCACAAAACUGGCUACAACGUAAUCCUUAUGGGCAAUUGAGCACCCUCAAAGUACGUCCACUAAAAGUGCUUGUUUUUGCCACUUACAGUCUCAGAUAUUAUUAUAGGUGUCUGACAAUAAUAUAGAAAGGACCCUAUAGAAAUAGACCUUUUGGUGAAAGAGUCAGAUCCUUUUUGUUUUACCAGAAACAGCAGUUAUAUCACUCUGUUCAAAGUGACCAGACCACAUUGUCUUUCCAUUGUUCAAACAGUGAAAACAAGUCUGGUUUGGUUGAAUACAUUCUUAAUUAACUAUAGAGUUAUAUGUCAAAAUAUAACUCCACGUAGGAGGGAGAUCAGGAGAGGAAUAUUUUAACAUCUAAUUGUUUAAUAAUAACAAUCGGAGCCUAUCAGUGGCAAAUACAAGCACGUUUAGUGGUUGUACAUUAAUGGUGCCCAAUUUCCCAUAAGGAUAACGUUGCAGCCGCCUCACUCCAUACUGGACCAAUUCCAAAAAUUGUUGUCCCUAUUAGUCACUUGGACACAGAAACAAAGGGAAAAUAGGGUCUACGUUUAAAAAUAUCAAACUAAUCUAUCUUUAACUCCAAUGUCUUGGUCUGGGGAGGCUGUAUACAGACGUAACAGUGUAGACAGGCCAUCCAGUAGGAGAUGCUAGUGCUGCAACAUGGAUGUAAUCGGCUUCCAACCAUUAACACUGCAAACUGUGUUCAAUAGAGGCAAGUUGGAAGCAGCACCUCCUGGGAUUUACCCUGAGAUUGGAUGGAUUAAUGUGUUUUUACCUGUUACAAUCUGGGUGCCCCAAUCAAUGUGCUACCCUAACUGUAGCAAUUGUACCUUAAGUUCACGUUGAAUUGGUAUAAAUGUGUCCCUUAAAGGAACAGUAUGCUUAUUCACUUUCUUUCCCAGUUAGAAGAGAGAUUGAUACUGCUCUUAUGUUUUUGUGGUGUGUGAGUGUGUGAUUUGAAGCUCGAACCAGCAACCAAUUAGCUUAGCACAAAGACUGAAAACAGGGAAACAGCUACCCUGGAAUUGUCUAAAACACUAAUCAACACUUCCUAAGCUCACUAGUUAAUAGACAUUGUAUCUUGUUUGUUUAAUCAGAACACAGAAAAAGUAAAAAUGACAGUUUGUAGCUUCAGCGUGAGUUCCGUAUUGGAACUGUGAGCAGUUACAUUCUGGAAUCUUCGUGGUGAGGUUGCCAGGCAACCUUCAGUAGAGAUUCUGGGUGUUUAUCAGCCUAAUUUAUUAAUUUAUCGGCCAAUAAUAAGUAAUUUUUAUAAACACAUAACAUUAACCAAAGAAUCUUAUAUACAUAUAUAGAUACGGAUCUCUUACAUCAGUUUGUUUCCAGUCUUUAUGUUAAGCUAAGAUAACUGUCUCCUGGCUCAAGCGUCAUAUUUACCGUACAGACAUGAGAGUGAUCAGUCUUCUAUCUAACCCUCAAAAUAAUUGUUUCCAAAAAUGUUGAAGUAUAUAAAUUUUUACACUACAUGGUGGAUUAAAUAGUACAUAACCCAUUAUAUGCCAUUUAUAAUACAUCUGUAAAGAAAUUUACUUUUUGGUAUAGACACGUACUUCUCCUUUACCUUUUGAGUGUGUUGAGCAGCUACAUUUUCUUUGAAGAAUUUGAACAGAAAUGUUCCUCUCCUACUCGAUGAAAUUGAUGAUUAGAAUGUCCAGACAAAUGAGUUUGUCUAAAUCUUACAGCUUUGAAAGACUAGCUUUGUCCAGCCAAGAAAAAAACCCCUCUCUCUAGCCUUCGUCUCCUCCCCCCUUUACAUCAUUAUGCCUUCACUAACUGUUGUCCAGCUGGGAAAAAAAACAGAAUACUUGAUUAAUAAAUUGUGCCUCUUGAGGGCAUUUGAAUUUUUAAGUACAUUUCAAUGUACACCGUGUAUUGAUGCACAAGAGCAUGUUAGUUAGGGGAUUUGUGGUGUGGUGCGAGAAAAAUUAGGUCUUACCUCUUUCCCUUUCUCGUUCUCUUGCACUUGAUUUCCUUUAGGCCUCAUUGUAUUUUUCCCAUACAGUCAGGAAUCAUUUUCUCUGGAAUAUGCAAAAUGCUCUGAUCAUUGUGAGCAGUGACCAGAUCCUUUAGCAUGUGGACAGUUAAUUCAGUCCUGAGCAUACUUCUGUUGUCCGGGGCGCAAACAAAGGGCCUUAUUUCUCGAUCACUGUAUAAAGAUGUGAUAGCUGUGUAUGAAAGUGACAUGUAUUAAUGGUAAGUUAAGCUUUUUUUUUUUUAAUCUGACAUUAAAAAAAAAAACACAGCAUGAAAAUAAAAAAACUCAUUUAUACAUAGUUAAUAGUUUGUGUAGACCAACAAGAAAAAAUAUAUAUGAAAAUCAUUUGUAUACAAUGAUGGAGUCAUUGUUAAUGGUAAUAGUUGCUGUUGCUGUGGCAACAAAAUGACAACAUGGCUACCUUUCUAUUAUCCUAAUUGUGAAUUUUUUCACAUUCAUUGAAAUAACAUACAACACUAACUUAUUCAAAAAGGGAAUGUCUUAGUUUGUCUUGUUAUUGCGACGUGAUUAAAUAUUUUGUAUGGAAAACAUAAAACCUUGUAAUAUCCAAAGGUCCUUAGGGGAGAUCAGGUGUUUAUUUUGUUUUGUUUAUUUGACCUUAAUUGUUUGUUUUUUGUUCUUGUACAUGGUGUUUUUGAGAAAUAAGAAUGGACUUUGGCUUUUAAAAGCUAACACCUAUCUGUCAGGGAGGUAAAGAGGCUUUUGGACUAAUUGAAAGAUCUUCAUCUUUUUCUGUAAAAUCAAACUAGUCAGUAAUCCUCACUGCUCACCUCUUGCAGACUGGACGGCCCUCGCUCAGUUUCCUCUGUACGUAGAGGUGAGCUUUCAUUAGUGAGUUCUGUUUCAGUUUUGGCCAAGAAGGUGGUCCAGAGGCCUCUUCCUGCCCAGCUGUGCUGGGUGAUGUCGAUCCUUGCUGAGGUGUAUACGAAUGUGUGAUGUUCACCUUGUUUGCACUUAUGUACAUAACUAUGUCAAAAUACUCAAAAUUUAUUUUGAAUAAAUAUAGAUAAAAGAGUUGAUUAAAAAAUCAAAUCAAUGUAUUGUUAAUGAUAUAAGUAUGUCUAUAAUUUUAUUACUGUAUAAAAAGAUUGCUUUGAGGGAUCUGUCUUUUGUUUGUUUGCUAGAGCCCUGUUCUUUGCCAAGCAUGACAUUGCCUAGCUGUAAACCAUAAAUGGUUUGCUUUAAAAAAGCUUUUUUCUGUUUAUUUAGUGGGACAUUUUCGGUUCAGUGAUAUGAUAUCAAACAAGAGAGGUGGAUUAGAAGAAAUAGUCAGUCUGGAACAAAUGUAAUAAGCCAGUACUAACCUGUAAUGUUCAUCAUGAAUACACAAGUGCAGGUGCAGUCUUCUCUCCAGUAAUGCACCAAAAUAAAGCACAGAGUAGCUCCACCUGCAGGCUGAAAGGCAAAAGGAGGAGCAGAUAUACAAAUCAGACUAUAGAAGGACAUGGACGUGAGAUGUGUUCACAGGGUUUUAAAUUCACCUUCAUUUUGUCAUUUUGUAAAAUGAGUUAUUCUUUGCCUCUCUGUUGUCAUUAUCCAAAACAACAAUAAAUCUGAAUUCUCCUCAGGAUUUUAGUCCAAAUUGCAAACAACCUGGUUUUCCGAUGUUAUUCUUGCAGCAGCAGCAACAUCCGUACGCAACGCUGUUCCUUCAGAUUUGGACAUGUGAUGCUCUUCAAUUGCUAUUAAAGCCAGCGAUUUUGUUGCCAUGGCACUUGUCCUAGUGGUGGAUUGACUGAGUCAUUCUGGUGAAUCGGUUCACAGCCCUCUGACUCCACAUGUGGUGAAAAGUACAUGUGGGGUGGACUUAACAUACUGCGGGUUUCCAGUCACCAACAAGUGAAUAAGAUUGUGAUUUUGUUUUGAAAUUGAUUCAUUGUUACCAUUAUUUUUAAAACAUUUCUGUUGUAAUUGUGCCUUUAUCAUGCAAGGUGUAGUUUUCCUGUUUAUGUUCUACAUUUAGAUUGACAUAAAAUAGCACAUGUAUUGAGUGUGUGUAAAACUUAUCCCUUUAUUUAAAAUCCUUCAUUGGUGACUCAUUAUUAAAUUGGGUACAAUGACUGACUGAAUGAUAACCUGUGGAAGAUGAUGAGGGCCAAAGACUGUUCAGGACUAAGCCAUAUGAAAAACUCUCUCUGACACUCUAGGACAGACUUGAAAGUGACUGCUGUUUCUUAGUCAUCUAUCGUUUCACUCUGUUUUCUGCUUGUGGUGCUUGUAUGUGCUGCUGUGCUACAUGCCAAUUUAUUUUGCCGUGUAUAGCUAUUAAAAGUAAGUUACUGUGCCUAUGAUGAGUUCUGCGAUUUCUGUUUGACCUUUAAUAAAACUCAUAAUUGUGA